AUGGACACAGACAGCCUGUCAUCAAGGGAAUGUGUCACCAUAGGACCAGAUGUUGUAACUGGCCAUGAAAACUGGACAGAUUCUGAAGAGGCUGGUGACCUAGAUAGACAUUCACAUGGUAGAAUACAACAUGAAGAAUGCAGCGUCACUGAAG